UUCGAGCGUGGGGGGCUCGGGGAGGGCCGGCGGGCGGGGACAGCGCUCCCCGGCACUUAAGCGGCUGGGAUGGGAUGUCCCCGGCCGGGAGGGGGAGGCUGGCUCACUCCGAGCGGACGGACGCACGAACGAGGCCGGAGGAAGGAAAGGAAGGAAGGGAGAAAGGCAGAAGCGCCGCCACGGAGGAGAAGCAGGAGCAGCAGCAGCCGCCCGAUGCCCUUCCACCCGGGCUUAAUAUGCCCUUAAGAGACCCCAACAGGCUCCGCGCGUGGAUCUAACUCCUGCCACGACGUUGCUGUGUCUGCAGCUGAAGCUGAAGCCAGAGAAAGUGGCGAGUGGGCGAAGGAGGCUCUCCUUCUGCGUGGCCAUGGGGAGCAAGGCCCUCCCUGCGCCGGUGCCCUUGCACCCCUCGCUGCAGCUGAGCAACUACUCCUUCCUGCACGCCGUCAACGCCUUCCCGGCGGACCACCUCCAGCAGGGCCUCUACGGGCUCCGCGCCGUCCACGCCAUGCAGGUCAACCACUGGACGCUGGGCUGCUACGCCGCCGCUGCCGCCGCCGCCGCCACGGCCUCCUCCUCCUCGUCCUCCCCGGGGGAGCCAGCAGGGGGGCUGCCCUUCCCGGCGGGGCUGCCCUUCGCCGCCCACCUCUUGCACCCCAAGCAGGCGCUGUCCCUGCGCAAGGAGCGGCUGAGACCCCGCUUUGACUUCGCCAACCUGGCCGCCGCCGCCACCCAGGAGGACCCGCUGCCCGAGGCCCACCCGCACUCGCUGUCGCUGGCCAAGCUGGGCGUGCCCCUCGGCCUCGGGGGAAAGCUCUGCGUGGGGACGGGCCCCGAGAUGCCGCCCCACCAGCCCCACGCGCACCACAGGAAAGGCCCCCACUCGUCCUCGUCGUCCUCGUCGUCGGCGCCCCGCGGGAGGCUGCCCUCCAAGACCAAGAAGGAGUUCAUCUGCAAGUUCUGCGGGAGGCACUUCACCAAGUCCUACAACCUGCUCAUCCACGAGCGCACCCACACCGACGAGCGGCCCUACACCUGCGACAUCUGCCACAAGGCCUUCCGGAGGCAGGACCACCUCCGCGACCACAGGUAUAUCCAUUCCAAAGAGAAACCAUUCAAAUGUCAGGAAUGUGGGAAAGGAUUUUGCCAGUCCAGGACUCUAGCAGUUCAUAAAACCUUACACAUGCAGGAAUCUCCACACAAAUGCCCCACAUGUGGAAGAACCUUUAAUCAAAGAAGUAACCUGAAAACUCACCUUCUCACCCAUACAGACAUCAAGCCCUACAACUGUGAGCAGUGCGGCAAAGUGUUCAGGCGAAACUGUGAUCUGCGGAGGCACAGUCUAACCCACACCCCGCGCCAGGACUUCUAGAACAGCCAAGGACCUCUGCUGGGAGCUCACUCUGGCUCCAGGACUUGGACUGUGGGGAAAUCUGGGCGCUUUGGGGCCAAUGUGUGCCAGGGGCCCAGCCCUCUCUGCCCUCCUGGCAUCCGCCAAGGCUUCCUCUGUGAGAUGGAGGGGCAGAGGAAGGAACAAGGGCCCCAGGCCUUCUCCGAGGGAGAGAGAGCAGACGAUUCCUUGUAGAUAAUAAAAGUGCGGCUCAUUUUCGAGCUCUGUACAGAAGAAACUGUGGUAUCACGUGCUUGCUUCCUCUUGUCUUACCAAAUGCACAUUGGUAAAAGAAAACAGAUCUGGGAGUGAAAGUAUUGUUUGUCGAAAUGUAUUUCAAAAUAAACGUUUCUUCCCUCCACCCCAA